GGUACAGAAAAUGUCUUUGAGUCUUGAAGAAAUCUGCAGCAAAUUGCAAUCCAACGAGAGGAGAGUCAAAUUGAGCGCUCUGGAGGAUUUGCGAAAUAAAUGCAAAAAUCGCAUGGAAUACAGUGAUGACAAGCUAUUGGAGAUUUAUGACGAAUGUUACCUCCACUUACUGAAAUGUUACAGCGACAGAUACGAAAGUGUCCGCGAUCAGUCGGUGGAAACAAUCAACGAGUUUAUGGAACGACUACCACCAAAUGACUAUCAUUUGCUUAAUAUUGUAGCCACCUUGGCUGAACGUUUGGGACAGCAGGAAACCAUCGAGGAAAGUGAAGAAAUACGCCUGACUUUUGUGAAUCAAUUGAACAUGCUGGUCGAACGAUAUAUUCAGACGGGAAAUAAGUGUUCGAUCCAAAGUUGCCUGGAAGAUGUUGUUCGAAUUUUAAUAAAGGUUUUAAAGGAUCCGUAUCCAGCUGUUCAGAGAGAAGCAUGUAAGAGUGUGAAACUGAUUGCUUCUUCGAUCGAUAAUUACAAUUUUCAAAAACAUGCUGAGCCACUGGCAAAGGCUCUUUAUGGAAUGCUAAAUCACAAACAUUCUCAGGCUCGUAUUGCAGCUGUCAAUGCCUUGGGCUAUGUAGCUUUACACGUUGAAGCCGGUGAAGCUUUGUCACGAUUGCUAAUGGAAGUUUCUCCAUUACUCAUGGACUCAAUGCCUUUGGUGCGUCGAGAAUGUGGUGAGCUUGGUGUUCGACUUUUAUUAGAGCUGCGAGACCGUUAUUCAUAUUUCGAAAGACUAAUACCUUUGGUUCUGUGCUGCCUUAAAGAUGAAUCGCCCGAAGUACGUGACUACAUAUUGCCACUAUGGGUGAAAUGUGGAAAACAAUACUAUGAUGAGAAUGAAGCGGAACUAAGCAAACAAGAAAUUGCCGAUUUACCGGCUGCAAACUACCCCAGUGACGUGCAGCGACCCACAAUUGGUUGUCGAGCAAUAGUUCAACGAUCAUUGCGGCUACUGAAAUUGAUAACAAGAGAAUCGGCCGAUUGGAAAGAAAAUGUGCGCCUACAUUCUUUGAAACUAUUGUAUCAAUUUGUAUUACACGCUGAAGCAGCAAUGACGGCGAACUUUUUUGAAAUAUAUCCAGAUGUGGCAAGAGCUUGUCGGGAUAACGAGAACAUUGUUGUUCAAGAAGCUUGUAAUCUUGCCGACCUAAUGGGUCGUCUGCUAAACUAUGAGGAUUGGCGCGAGCAUGGCUUUGAAGGUUUAGAAAAAAAUGCAAAAGAGGGAUAUUUAAAAUGUUUUUACCAUAUGUAUAGGUCUGCUCUGGGUAUUAAGUUUGAUGAUCAUGUCCGCCUAAUGGAACUGAUGGUUCAACCCGAUUUCUCACAAACAUUGAAAUGUAGUUUUCAAAUGUACAUUUUAAAGAUGACUGAAACUGUUUUAGAUAAGACGGAGAAAGACGCAAGUUUUUGCAAAGAUAGCUCCUCGGAUUUAUAUGAAAAAUUGGAUGGAUUGCAUAAAAAUUGCUACAUUUCCACAUUAAAAGUAAUGGCCUUAUCAUUGGAAUCGGAACAAAGUAAUAGCGAGGAAUUACAAACAAAGGGUACUGAUAUUUUGCACAAAAUCGCCAAACGAUAUAAUUCUACAAUGGACGAUAUACAUGAACGAUAUUUUCAAAGUGCAUUGAAGUAUGUGGAUAACAUAGACGCUCACUUGGAUGCUUUAAGUGAACCUAUCUUGUUAUUUUAUGGUCUUCUAAAAUUGGGCAAAUUUCGAGAGCCAUACAUAAAUGUUAUAAAAGAAAAAAUUAACAUCAUUUUCGAGUAUUGUGCUGACGAAGCUAAGGUUAAAAUAUUUACUGCCGUUUCCAUAGCAAUGUUAGAUUGGAAUAAGACAAUUCGGAAACCGUUAACACGUAGCUGUGAAAUAUUACUGGAAUUUGUAAAAGUUGUUAUUGAACCACACCUAAUAUGGAAGGCUGGAGCAAAUGCUGAGGCAAUGCGGUCGUUGGCAACAGCUACUCUGUGUGCCAUAUCACAAGGGGCUCCCGAUGAAGCGCGUACUGUGUUACCCGGCUUAUCGAAAUAUAUUCCUAGUCUAUUGGAGGAUCAUUCUGUGUCAACACGUCACUAUGCUGUCAAAUGCUUAUGUAAUUUUGGUCCAAUACCUUUGGAAGAAAUGAAGCCAAUAGCAUAUGGUUGUUUACAACGCUUGGAUGAUGCCUCUGGUGGCAUACGAAUUUUAGCUGUUUCUGUCAUUCCGAAAUUGGAACCUAUUUACACCGAUAAACAUGAAGAAAGCCCUGCCCAGCAAAGUACCUCAAAGGCAGCAUAUGAUCAUGAGGUGUGGUUAACAUUCGUAAAACACUGCAUGGAUAUGAUGUUUCUACACUACGAUAACCCAGAGAUACGUUUACAGGCAGCAAUAAAAGAAACCAUAUUGGAGAUGUCUAAACGCUAUCCAGAAAUAUCAAAGGAAAGCUACAAACAAACCAUGAACAAAACCUAUAACAACUUUAAUUUAAAAGCCCUUGAAAAGGAACUACCAUUCAUUGAGUGA